AUGGAUGGGCCACCGCCGCCACCGCCGCCACAUGGCGAGAACCCUCAUACAACCGACGGCGAAUACCGCAAAUCCUCGGACCUACCACAGGGUAACUACGAUAUCUUCAUCGUCCCUCCGCACUCCGCCGGCGGAGGCUUCCUCUACCUCCCCUCCCUGCAAUGCAAUCGAAACAGCUUUCUCGCGGGCGUCGCAAGCACACUCCUCGUCGGCCUGGUGUGGACUAUAAUUUCGCCGGUCGUCAGGACGUGGUAUAUUGCCGCCGUUUCCAAUGGCAAUAGCAUGGGUAUUGUGGUGGUAGCACUUGGAGUAGGUGUGGCCGGUUGGGCUUUUGGAAUGUCGCAGUCGAAUGGCUUCAAGGCUAACAAUGAUGGUAAUGGCAAUACUGGCGGGGGAAAAGGAUUCGGCGGCGGACCCGGGCCUGGAGCUGGCGGUCCAAAUGCCCAUGGUCAGACUUCCGGUGCCAAUUAUGGAGGUGGGCCAGGACAACAACAAUACGGGGGUGCUGGUGGUUCGGGACAGCAACAACAGCAAGGAGGAAACUUUGGCGGAGGGCAGCACCGUGGCAACCAGUAUGCUGGCAACCAACACGGCUCUGAUUCUCCUCGUUCCGAGCCUCCGCCAAAGCAGGAUUCGAAUAACCAUGGACCGGAUGGGGCUGAAUGGGAGAAGGCGCGGGAAGAAACAAAGCGCAAGGAGGAGUUGCGUAGAAAGAUGGAGGAAUUCAAACGCAAGCGUGAGGCAGAAGCCAAAGAAAAGGAGAGGAAGCGCGAGCGGGAAGCAAUGGAGAAAGAACUGAAGGAGCGCCGCGAGCAGCUCGAGAAAGAGAUGGCUGCUGCAAGGGAGAAAGCAGAGAGAGAAGCCCGUGAAAAGGCCCAGAAGGAAGCGGCUGAAGCUCGCGCAAAGGCCGAGAAAGAGGCCGCAGAGGCUCGUGAGAAAGCCGACAAAGAAGCCGCUGAAAAGCUCGCCAAAGAGAUCAAGGCUGCUACUGAAGCUAAGGCAGAGGCCGAGAGGCUUGCAGCUGAGGCAAAGGACAAAGCAGCCAAGGAUGCUGCUGAGAAGGAGGCUGCAGCAAAGGCACAAGCUCAAAAGGAUGCCAUGGCCAAGUUCGCUGCCCUCAAAGAAGCCGCUGCGAAACGAUAUGCCGAGAAGAAGGCCGCAGACGCCAAGAAGGAGAAGGAGGCUGGCAUCAAGCCGCCUGCCAGUGCAGCAAGCGCACCUCGGACACCCUCGCCCAAGAAACAACCGCCCUUUCCUACAGCCAGAACGGCUGUCGAGGAAGACGAUGCAUAUUCCUUUCGGCCCUAUGACCGCCCACGUCGGCCGUAUGGCAAUGCAUCCGGGUCUGGGUCGGCAUACUCUGAGUCUUCUUAUGCUCCAUCUCAAUCCACCGCUCGCACCACGCCUCCCCCCUCACAUCGGGGUGGUUAUUCCACCAAGGAUCCAGAUAAGAUUGUGAUCCAGGGUGUGUACCAAUUCACCAAUGCUUUUAACAAGACCCCAGUCGCGCAGCUUGUCUCCGGCCAAGGAAUGGUGACUGACGGGCUCGUUCUACGCAUCACCACGGAAGGCCUGUUCAUCGACGACGACCUCCGCGGCAUCGGGCAGCGCGAAUGGGACGUCAAAGCCUGGACCCUCAAGCUGGCUGAAGUUUGGUGUCCCCAGAUGGGCAAAGUCCCAUCCUCAAAGCAGGGCUCCGGCAAUCCAUUCUCCUUCCGCCGAGGCAACUCCGUGCCCACCACCGAGGAAUCCGAUGCCUUCCAGGCAACUUUCCUCAAGGUGUGCAAGAACACCUGUCGUCUGGCGUCUCCGGCUGCGUUUUUCCCCCGUAGCGCUGGGGCGAGUGGUGUCAGCGGCAAUGGUCCUCCCCAGGCGGAGUUCCGUGGCCUCCACAUCUUCCGCGCCAGUGUCCGCGACCAGGAGGGUAAGCGAUACGUUUUCGUCGUGCAGGACACGGAAGCCUGGAAGGUUGCCCUUGGACUGCAACGUCUCCGAGCCGGUGCUUUGGUCCGUGCUCUCGGUGUAUCGCCCUUGCCAGCCCCAGAAUGCAAGACCAUCCUGGGCGGGCUCGGCUAUAUUUGA